AUGGCGCCUCUGCGGGUCCUGUGUAUUCACGGUUACCGUCAGAACAGCGGCUCUUUCCGGGAGAAGACUGGAGCUCUGCGCAAACUUCUGAAGAAACACGUGGAGCUGGUGUUUAUGGACGCCCCUCUCUGUGUGAAGCCGCCAGAGGCCCCCGGGACCCCCCAGACCUGCGAGGGGACCCCCGGGACCCCCCAGAGCAGCGAGGUGUCUCCGGACCAGGACCCUCGCGGAUGGUGGUUCUCUGACGUGGCGGCUCGCAGCUUCAGCGCUCAGCAGAGGUGCGAGGUGAGUUUGGGGCUGGACCAGAGCGUGGCGGCGGUGAGGGACGCGGUGAAGACCCUGGGACCCUUUGACGGGGUCCUGGGCUUCAGUCAGGGCGCGGCGUUCGUAGCCAUGCUCUGCGCGCUCCAAGAACAAAACUUGGAGCCAGAGUUUGGGUUCCGCUUCGCCGUCCUGGUGGCAGGUUUCCGCAGCGCCUGUUCCGAGCACGAGAGAUUCUACGAGCGCGUGCUGGAGAUACCGACGCUUCACGUGUUCGGGCUGGACGACCGAGUCAUCCCCGACCACAUGAGCAAAGACCUGCUCCCCGUUUUCAAAGAGCCUCUCACGCUGACGCACCCGGGAGGACACUUUAUACCAGCUGCAGCCGCUCACAGGCAAACCUACCAGGACUUCCUCAAGAGAUUCCAAUGA